UAUACCAGCUUACAAACACAAACACGUAUAUUAUGUGUGCGCAUUGUCAGACUUAACCUGUUUUAGUUGCGGAGCAAGAGUGGACGAAGGCAAAGAGCGAAUGUAUCAACCUUUUCGUGAAUUUUUUAGUAAUAGGUGCAAACGAGCGGAACAUCCUAAUUUUUCAAAACGUCGUUCUCACCAGCUUUUAAAAUCUUUUUAAAAAGCAAAUAUUACUACGAGAUUCAGUAUAGUAGCAACUUAUGUCUCCAUGAGAUUUAUUGACUGAAACGAAGAGCAGUCCUAUGGCUAAAACCUCGUUCCCUGCGUAAUCAUGGCAGAUGACGUCCAGUUUUCAAAAUUCGCGAGGAUCCUCGCCCAUCGCCUACCUCUGGUGCUGCCACCCUUAGUCGACCGCAUAUUCUUGGGGUCACAUUGAUCUUUCUGUUCGCUUCUAUUUUGGCAGCAUACUUCUCUGAUAGAAAGUUUAAAGCGAAGGCAUCGCUCAGAUUCUUCAACGGCCCGUCUAACAUAUAUUUGUCUAUAUCGAGUAGAAUGCCAAAGCCCAAACUUUGUAUGACUAAAAUAUUUAUUGUGUAUAUCGCAAUAUGUUUCCAUGAGCAUGUUGUGUGUAUAUAUGGAGUUUAGAUGAAUACACAUCUCAUCCAUAUUCUAACUCCGCGACAUCGAUAUUCAGUGGAUACAUUUUCUAUACGUAUUAUGUCAUCUCUAACAGAUAGCUAUUUAUGUCUGUGUUUCUGUUGUUUUAGUUAAUUGCAGUUGCGAUGAUGUAGAACAAUCCUAUACAAUAGACGACUUAACGUUUGAAUAUUAUGAUGAUGAUACGACAACGAAUGCUGAAUUAACGCCAACGGCCGCUGCAAUUAUGUCUUUUCAAGAAAAAUUGACCAUUAUGUUCGCACAAAUCAAUAUGACAAUAGUAUUGACAAAGGAAGCUAUAGAAACAUUACUGCCAAAUGGACGAAGGAAAAGAGCAUCUGCAAAAGCACCGACGAAACAGUCUGUGACGCAAUGCGUGGUCGGUCCUGGCCAAAAGCGGAAACGUCGUGCCGCCACCACAUCGGAUGACAGUACGGAUUUCAAUUGUGAACAAGUAUGUUCAAACCAUAAUGUACAAGAGAUAAUAAAAUUGCUUGACAACGCAAUCAAUUCUACACAAAUUAGUGUUCUUGAUGAAUAUCGGGUCGAUUGCGACGGAGAACUUCACGGUGGAACUCUCGUUAACAUGACAUUAACAAGUUACAAUCACAAUAUUACUGUCGAAAUGGGUAAUCGCGAGUUCAUCCGUCGGAUAGCUGGUGGCGGUUUUAUCUAAUUUUUCCUCUUUGUUUAGAAUCAAUUUCUUCAAAUCCGAACGCGACAGAAUACACUGACCCGUGUAGUGAGUAUUUAUUGUGUGCGCUUAUUCGGGCAUUUGUAUGCUGCUUGAAGUAUGUGGUCUCGGGGCGAUGUGAAGGUUUGCAUCCUUUCAUUCAUGUUUUUCACGCCGAACGAAACAUUUUGAAGUCGAUUUCGACUUCUUUCUGAAAGGGCGAAUAUAGCAUGCCAGACAUGAAUUGGAACAUGUCCGAUGUUUUACUGUGCGAUCACCUUAGUCGGCCUCAUAUUCCUUGGUCAUAUUGAUCUUUCUGUUCCCAUCUACAGAAAAACAUAUGCAGCAUACGUUUCAGCCAGAAAGUUUAAAGCGAUGACGUCACUCGGAUGGGGGUGGGGGGUGUAACAUGAUAUUCUGAACGUGUCAAAGUUGCUUGUAUUAAUGAAUCUUGUCUCGAUGGCAACUGGACCGCAGUGCAACUGACAGAAAGAAAAUAAAUCCUGCUGGAGAACAUACAUAACGCUUUAGACAUUUUCUUGUUUGAGCACCAUUCAAAAUAUUGAAGGUCGUUGAGUUAUCCAACUUCGACACACUGAAAAUAGCAAAGUAUUUGCUUUGCUCGAAAAAUAGAUUCCAUAAGAAGAAGCCUUAGAAGAUUCACCGGAGAAUUUUGCAUCUUCUCACAUAUUUUUCGAAAUAUUACAGUGAAAUCUUCUAAGAAACUCUCUCUGUGCGAAAAAUUUAACAAAUCUAAUUUCUAAAUCUAUUUUUCAAAAGACUUUAGUUGUUUUACUAUAAAGAAGUAAAACGUUCUGAAUCAAGGAUUUUAGUUCUUUUCACCUUGCAUAGAAUUAAAUUCUGCAUUGUUUGAUAUAUAAACAAAGUUUCCCAGUUGAAAUUAUUAAUUAAAAGAUUAAUUUAGUUUAGAAGAAUUGAAGAGCUAGUUGUGACCUAAUCAUAAUUCCAGCUGGUGCAGAGG